AAAAGCCGAACCAAAGACCAAACAAACAGGUAACUCCAAGCAGUAGCAGACUUUCUCGCAAAAUAUUCCUUUUGCUAGCCAAUUUCUCUCAUCUCUUAUAUACAUAAAGAAAUGAGCAAAUCAUGCUAGGACAAUGACGAAGAAGAGAAAGGCAAGUCAUCUGCAUAAGGGUGAAGCACACGCGGAGAAGGAAGACGUGGCUUGGGACCAAGUGAUGGAGGCGGCUGCAGCUCUUGGUGGAGCCUGGAGAGCUCGAAAAAGAUAUGUUGGCGUUCGCCAGCGGCCGUCAGGGAGAUGGGUGGCUGAGAUAAAAGAUACUGUACAAAAGAUUAGAGUAUGGUUGGGCACAUAUGAUACUGCUGAGGAAGCUGCAAGAGCUUAUGAUGAAGCUGCUUGCUUGCUUCGUGGAGCUAACACUCGAACUAAUUUCUGGCCUUGCUCUUCUUCUCAUUACAAGCCAGCCCUUCCCUCGAAGAUCACUAAUCGUCUUUUGAAGAGACUCAGAGAAAGAAACAACAGUCUUUCAACCUCUCUGCCUGUUAGCCUACAGGAGCAAGAAGCAAGCAAAGUAGAAGAAACCCAGUUUGAUAAUUUCUUUGAUCAGCUGCCAGCAGAGGAUUGCGGCAUCUGCGAAGACAAUAAUAGUGAUACUAGCGGUGGUGAUUACAUGAGUGGUUUUUUCGAAACAAAUUUCUCUAGAACAGAAGUGUGUGAUUGGAGUAAUGCUGAUGAAGAAGCUGUAAAGGAGAAAGGGGAACAGGAAGAAGAGAUCAAUGAGCCAUGGGUGGUAGAUUUUCCACUGGAGGACGUUGCAGGAGGAUCAUCAUCCACCAACUGUUCUCCAUUUGACAUAACACAGGAGAUGAUGGCUAUGGGACCAAUGGAGCAGCAGGAGUACUAUUAUGGGGAUGACCAAUCAAUGCUAAAAAAUAUCAUGAAGAGGCUCAACUAUGAACGCAAGUUCUCAGCUUCACUUUAUGCCUAUAAUGGGGUUUCAGAGUGUUUAAGUCUAACGUUCGGAUCAGCAGCAAACAGUGAUGAAUUACCAUCUAAACUUAGAAUCAUUAACAGUAAUAAUAAAAAUGAAAAGGAUGGUAAGGAGGAGGUCCAAGAAUUUGGGAUUAUUUCAGCCGCACAAACGGCAACAGAAGAAAUGGGAUCUCGAUCUUCCGCCAUGGAAGGAGGUGAAUCGUCUCUUUGGAGCUCUCUUGAUCUUCCUCCUAUAUGCUUCAUUGUUUAGUGGAUAAUCUUAUAUUAAUCAUAAUUAGUCAUAACCUAAAACUAAUCAAGAUUUAUAAUAUUCAUAGGUUUAAGAAAAUGAGAGAUGAAUAAUGAAGUGAAUCCAAAUAGAAGGUCUUCUAUUUAUUUUCCCCCUUUAAAUAAAAGUUCAUCACCACCAUGUUCCUAAGAGUAGCUUUUCUUAUUUAAACUUUCUUACGCCUAUGAGGACUACUU